AAUGGAGACUGUUGUUGAAAAGGUUCGAUCACCCACAAAAGAUGAUAUGCUAAACAUGAUUAGAGGAACAUUAAUUAUUGAUUUUAUAACAUUGAUCUGCUUCAUCUUCAAAUCCAUUUGCUUGGGAUUGUUCCGCUAUUUCUUCCAACCUUUACCUUUGAAGAAUGUAAGCGACGACAUUGUAUUGAUUACCGGAGCUGGACAUGCUAUAUCGAGGGAAAUUGCUGUGGAAAUUGCGAAGCAUAGACCUAAAUUAAUUAUCUUAUGGGGAAGGGGAAGAGAGGCUUUAGCAUCAACCUGCUCAGCUAUUGAGCUAUACGGGGUGGACUGCAUCUAUCAAAUUUGCGAUAUUACACAUCAAGAAAGAGUGUUUUUAAAAGCCCAGGAUAUCCAAGAUACGCAUGGAAGUGUUACAAUAUUAGUAUACAAUUGCGGAGUAAACUGUUGUCAGAGUUAUUUCAACAUUGAUGAGUCAGAGACAGACAAGUCGUUAGAGUUUAAUCUUAUGGAUCAUUGUUGGAUUCUACAAGCCUUUCUACCAGCUAUGGUAGAAGCUCAAAGAGGUCAUUUGGUCAACAUUAAUUCAAUGUUGGGUUUAAUGAGUCUAUCAGCGGCUUCUGAGUAUUGUUCAUCUCAAUUAUGCGGCCUAACUUUUAACGAAGCUUUAGCAUAUCAGUUAAAAAAUAGUAAUAUAUUUAUUACUUCUGUACACUCCUAUGCAGUUGAUGAAUCCGUAGCAAGUGGUAAGCCCUCAUAUGGAUUUUAA